CGGCGCUCUUAGAAACCUGGGGCGCGCCGAAGGGGGCAGAGAUUUUUGAAUCUAAAGUGACUCAUUAGUGUCUGAACCCUGGAUGAUACUGCAGAGCUCUCUUUCUGAGCCACUCUGUGGAUUUGGGAGCUAAUGUGAUUGAAGAAAUGACUCCUACCGCUUCCAUGGAGGAUGAAGAAAAAGACACAUUUAAAAUCUUAGUUGCUACUGACAUUCAUCUUGGAUAUUUGGAGAAGGAUGCUGUCCGUGGAAAUGAUACAUUUGUAACCUUUGAUGAAAUUUUGAAACUUGCUCAAGAUCAUGAGGUGGAUUUUAUUUUAUUAGGAGGUGAUCUGUUUCAUGAAAACAAACCCUCCAGGAGAACUUUACACACCUGUUUAGAACUAUUAAGGAAAUACUGUAUGGGUGACCGACCUGUGCAGUUUGAAAUUCUGAGUGACCAAUCCGUUAACUUUGGUUUUAGCAAGUUUCCGUGGGUGAACUACCAAGAUGGAAAUCUCAACAUUUCUAUUCCAGUUUUUAGUAUUCAUGGCAACCAUGAUGAUCCAACAGGGGUGGAUGCUCUUUGUGCUUUGGACAUUCUGAGUUGUGCAGGGCUUGUGAAUCACUUUGGACGAUCACCAUCUGUUGAGAAGAUAGAUGUCAGUCCUGUUUUGCUUCAGAAAGGCAAUUCGAAAAUUGCUCUCUAUGGAUUAGGAUCCAUCCCAGAUGAGAGACUGUACCGAAUGUUUGUGAAUAAACAAGUGACUCUACUGAGGCCAAAGGAAGAUGGAGAUAGUUGGUUUAACUUAUUUGUAAUUCACCAGAACAGGAGUAAACACGGAGCCACGAAUUACAUUCCAGAGCAGUUUCUAGAUGAUUUUAUUGAUCUUGUGAUUUGGGGUCAUGAACAUGAAUGUAAAAUAUCUCCAACAAGGAAUGAGCAACAGCUUUUCUAUGUUUCACAACCCGGAAGUUCAGUGGUCACCUCUUUGUCGCCAGGCGAAGCUGCCAAAAAGCAUGUUGGCUUGCUUCGUGUCAAAGGUAAAAAAAUGAAUAUGCAGAAGAUCCCUCUUCAGACAGUGCGGCCUUUCUAUAUUGAGGACAUUGUGCUUGCUGACCAUCCAGGUGUCUUCAGUCCUGACAAUCCAAAAGUAACACAAGCUGUACAAGCUUUCUGCAUGGAGAAGGUUGAAGCUAUGCUGGAAAACGCUGAAAGAGAGCGACUUGGAAAUACCCGGCAACCAGAGAAGCCUCUAAUAAGGUUACGAGUAGAUUACAGCGGAGGCUUUGAACCAUUCAGCGUUGUUCGUUUCAGCCAAAAGUUCAUGGAUAGGAUAGCUAAUCCAAAAGAUAUCAUACAUUUUUUCAGACAUCGGGAACAAAAAGAGAAAAAUGAUGACGAAAUUAAUUUUGGGAAGCUGGUUCGCAAGCCUGCUUCAGAAGGAGCAACACUGAGGGUAGAGGAUCUUGUGAAGCAGUAUUUCCAGACAGCAGAGAAGAAAGUGCAGCUUUCUCUCCUGACUGAAAGAGGAAUGGGAGAAGCAGUGCAAGAGUUUGUGGACAAGGAAGAGAAAGAUGCUAUUGAAGAACUGGUGAAAUUCCAGCUAGAAAAAACACAGCGGUUUUUAAAGGAACAACAUAUAGAUGCAGAAGAGACCAAAAUCGAUGAAGAG